AGGGCAAAACAGCACUUUGGUGGUGAUGUGUAGUAGAUGGUGAAAUCUUUUAUGGCGUUGGGCCUCAGAUGGGUCCAGCAGUUAGGAUUGGUAUCGGCCCUCUGGCUCGCGAAGAAGGCUUUCAAAGACGCACCAGCUUUUCAGCAACCCGCUGAAAAUUUCGAAGAUGUCUACUACACUGUGCCGGUAUUCCACCUACAUCUGUUUCGGAUUCAUUUCAUUUUUGUUUUGUCUUUUGGUGUUUCUCAAAAAUGACUGCAUUGGAUUUUCCACAAACCAACAAGGUAAAUCAAUCGUGCGGUAGUUGUCCUUGAAAAUAUCUCAUCUCCUAUACCCUCAUUCAGCUUCAAGUCGGCGGUCAGAUGCUUCACUGCGUUCCAGACACUGGGUCAUUUUCAGUUUUGCUGAUAUCAAAGGAGUGCAGUGAAUGUGGAGACGUCUUGAGCUAUCUCGACCAGGCGUUUGAUCCCUCAAAGGCACCGAAUUAUAGCCAUUUAUCCCAGUAUGCCGAAAUCACAUUCGGCUCAGGAAGCGUGCAUGUGGAAGGUACUUCUACCGACGUUACAGCGCUGGGCAGGCACUUCAGUUGUAGAAGAAGAUGAAGAAGGCGUUCCAGCACUUCUUGCUCUAUGAGGAUCGCUUCUUUUAAGGCUUCUACAACAUUGUCCUAAGUACUCAAAAACAAAUCUCACAAAACAGGUGGCUCUACCGCAGUGCAGAUGGGUAACGCAGUCGUGGUUAACGGCCAAAAGGUGUGGGAAAUCAAGCAAAUGGAUAGCGGCAUGCAAUCAAUAUGGGACCAGGGUGCUCGAUUCGAGGGAAUCUUAGGUACUCUACCUCCUACGUUGUACUCCACAAGUAUAGAUGAAGAACAAGAAGGCUACUACAACCACUACACCAUCACAUCCCUUCUCUGUAGAUGUAGCAGAAUUUUAGCUUCUAUGCAGUACAACAUCAUCGCAACUGUACAGAACUCACUCUCUCAUAUUGAUUCUUAUAGGUAUGGGAAUGGCCACAUGGGUGCCAGACUCUAGGAAUGAGUCAACACUGUUGGCAAAUGCGCAUAUCUUCAAAUUCGGCAUGUGCCUUGGCGACGAAAGUGAUCAGACUUCGAAAAUCUAUUGGGGAGCAUGGCCGCAUGGACCACAUUAUGUGACGGUAUUAAUUUGAUACGUUUGUCUUGCAUGAUGAUGAAAUACUUCCCUUGUUGUGCUGACUGAUCGUUAAGGGUAGGUUAAAGGUGCUUUUCUUACCGCUUUUUAUGCCUCUCCUAAGGGAGAAAGGCAUAAAAAGCGGGGUAAGCAAGCACCAAAAACCUACCUCUAAUGAUGUAGUUCUUCUUGUUGGUGCAAAGUUUUUUUCCUUUCGAUCGUGUCCUCAACAAACUCUCAAACACUCUACCUCAACAAACCUCUACAUAAUUUAUUACAGUCUCCCGUAGUCGGCAAGAAGCAUUGGGCUAUUUCAGUGACAUCUUUCGGAGUUGGCGAUGUUCUGAAGACGUGCGAUCCGUGUGCUGCGGUAGUAGAUUCCGGCACUAGUUCUCUGGGUGCACCAGAGACACACCUGGCGGAUCUGGAGAACCUGUUGAAGGACUCACUCGGGAACUCCCUAGAUGGUGACUGCAGCAAUCAAGAAUCGAUGCCGGAUAUUAAGAUCGGUACUACUAACUCGGAGUUGAUGUUGCUUUUGGCUACAAAGAAUAGCAAUAGCAUUCAGAAACUGGUGUCAAAUUUAGUGAAGAUGAAGAAGGCUAAGAGAACUACUAAGUGCUUUCCUCGUAGUUUCAAGACAAGACUACUUACAAUCAACCUGCAGAAUGCAAUCACCAUCUAUUUUCAUCAAAAGCAAAACGAAAAGUUUUCAUCGAAAACAGUCAAAACUAACAGGUCUCAAGGGCACCGACGGCAGCACUUUUACGAUCGCUAUCCCAGCCUCCUGGUAUGUGAAGAAAUCGUCUGACGGAGUUUGCCGGCUGUCGCUGAUGACAACGCCGCUACCAUCAUCACGCGACUUCGGACCAGUCUGGCUGCUUGGCCAACCGUUCAUCCGAGAAUAUAUGGUGAUGUAUGAUCGCGAAAGUGAUCCGCCAACUAUGUCCUUCGCCCGAAGAGGAGGAACGCCGGGACAGAUGGAAGCGUGCCCAGAUCUGCAGAAUCCAACCUCGACUAUCAAAACCUUCGAGGCGUCAGCGGUGGAUCAUAAGAACGUAUUUGAUGGUUUCUUUCAGCACAGUAGAAUUUGAAUUUCUCUUGAAGUUGAAAUUAUCCUGCUUAAUCUCCUAUCUUCACAGGAAACCCUCAUAACGCGCAACACGCCACUACAAGGAGAGGAUAUCCUGAUCCACAGAAAGAAGCAGGAGGAUCAUUCGGACGAUGUGAUCUUUCCGCAGACUAGUAGGCAAACAACGGCCCUGAUAGCAGAGAGCCAGAGGCAACAGAAGUUAUGGACCUUUUCUGAAUCAUGAUGUUGAGAAUGUUGAUGAGUUUCCUUUUUUUGCUACAUGCGAUUAUAUACUUACAGGCACAACUCAACCUUAGUUUUUACCUCUCAACCUUAGGCUUAUCCCAUGAUGCAAUGAAUCAUGACGAGAAUGAAGAUGAGUUUCCCUUUUUUGCUACAUGCGAUAUACUUACAGGCACGAGAUGAGAGAGAGAGGAAGUAGCAGCCCUACUUCUAUUUGAACAUGAAGUUGGCCUCUCUAACAACGCGCACAGGAGUUGCGAUCUCAGUGCAGGCACGUAGCAAGGUCCGCGCGGCGGUCGGGGCAGUCCCAUUCUGGACCCUUCGCAAUUUCGAGGAUGGAAUCUACUAGUAGAAAGAUUCUAGAUAUUAGAGGCUGUUUCCAAGAAACGAUGAAUACAUAGGGUUUAAGGUUUCGACAGUUUUUUGUAGCUAGUGUAGAGGUAUGUUUCAUGAUCACAUGCUAAUGACCAAUGUACAAAAAAUGAGUUUGCGACUUUUUGAAAAUGUGUUUGUACAUAGCCGUAGCGAAUUGUAAAGAUUGCUGCUAAUUCCACUAGGACUAUCUUCUACCAAAGGCGCUAAGACUCGCUUGCAAAGAAAAAGCAAAAGAGGUUGUAGAGCAGAAUAGUUAGAAUCAAGGCUGGCAACAAGGCUAGAUUAUAACAGGAAUAGAUUUAACAGGAAUACUCAAAUAGUUUGCAAACAGCGAAUAGAAACCUUGACUUGAAGACGCACUGCGCGUGCUUACUUCCCUUUUGGACAAACCAAUCUAAGACUAAGACUCUCUCUCUCUGCUCGUUCCGUUAUUUGUUAGUAGUACUUUUUGAAAAAUGCUUUGUAGAAAAUAAUGAAUUAUAUCGAGAAACGUUCGACACGUUUCUCAAAAUGAUAAACUGUACAUGGAUACUGUAGAUGCUGCUUUCUUCGAUAAGAAUGACUGUUGCUGUACACAAACGUAUUGGCCCGUAUUGAGAGUCUCAAAAUGAAAAUGUACAUACAUCAUUUAAGCGGUCUUGUUAGUUGUAAAUGAAGGUGUCGUUACAACCAGAAGGAUUUUUAUGCAAGUGAAUGUUUACCAAUGUCGAACAUCUCUCCGUAAAACGAAAUUAAGUGAGUCAUUUUUGUAGCGUGUCAGUGUCUGUCGUAGGUUGCAGUUCGCGUCUGAAAACAAGUUGGAACUGCAACUGCGUUAUACCGAUCGUUGUGUCUGUUGUGUUUUAGCAUGAUUAGUCUGUUGUGUUUUAGCAUGAUUAGUCUGUUGUGUUUUAGCAUGAUUAGUCUGUUGUGUUUUAGCAUGAUUAGUCUGUUGUGUUUUAGCAUGAUUUGUCAGGACAACCAAAAAGGUACCCGUACCUUCGUGGGUGCCUUACUAUCACCCUGCGGCGAAAAAUUGUGUUGAAAGGUAAUAUGUUGACGCGAAGUCAUCCGGAGGAACUCAAACUCUCUGCCCUUUUUUUGUGGACGUGGGUAGUUGGGUAUCGAUGCGCGCUGGUACGUAGGGUGCGGGUCGGUCGGUUCAGGUUCAGG